UAAUGGAUGCCACCUCUGCUACCCUUCUCCUCCUCCAUAUUAUUCUGUUUUUCUUCAUCCUCACUUUUGCUUCUACGGCUCAAAGCAGUCCCAACAUAACUUUAGGCUCCUCUCUCUCUCCCCAAGCAAACAGUAACUCAAUAUGGGCACUCUCACCGUCCGGCGACUUUGCCUUUGGGUUUCUCCCACUCGAACCAGGCCUCUUCUUGCUUGCCAUUUGGUUUGCCAAGCUACCAUCGAAUACUGUCGUGUGGUCUGCUAACACCGUUGAUAACGCUGCCGUGGUGCAGGAAGGGUCUCGCGUAGAGCUCACGAGUUCUGGUAGGCUCUCCCUUCUGAACAACACAGGCCAAGAGGUUUGGUUCGCUGACCCGGGAAGUAAUAUCGUCACUAAUGGAGCUAUGCUGGACACUGGAAACCUUGUACUUGCCAGCGCUUCAAACACCUAUGCCUGGCAGAGCUUUGACAAUCCCACCGACACCAUUCUCCCCACACAGAUGAUCAGGCAAGGAGGAAAGCUAUCCUCCCGUCGUUCUUCCAGGCUAAACGACUACUCCAACGGGAGGUUCCAGUUACGCCUCCUGCCAGAUGGAAAUUUGGUCUUGAACACCAUUGGCUUCCCAACUGAGCAAGCCUAUGAACGGUACUGGAUUAGUAACAACACUGAUCAGAUCACAGAUGACAGGGUUUUUUUUAAUCCGAAUUAUGGUGUGAACGUAGUCCAAAACAACACCAACCUCUACAAUGUCACAACCACCAACUUCGGCUCAGUAGCUAAUCUCUACCAGAGAGCAACGCUUGAUUUUGAUGGCGUUUUCAGGCAAUACAAAUACAAGAAGCCUGGUACAAAUACUAAUGGCAGUUCUCAGAAUUCUUGGUUAGCCAUGGAUUUUGUGCCUAGAGAUAUAUGCACGGAUCUCACGAUGGGUAACGGAGGAAGUGGGGCAUGUGGAUUUAAUAGUUAUUGUAGCAUCAAUGGAGAUAAACCGAGCUGCUUGUGUCCAGACCACUACACUCCAUUGGAUCCAGAUGAUAUCAUUAACCAGGGUUGCAGGCCAGACUUUGAAGCACCAAGUUGUGAGCUGUACGACCCAGCUGACUUUGAAAUGGUGGAAAAGUACAAUGUUGACUGGCCAAAUGGAGAUUAUGAGCAAUUGGCACCAAUGGAGGAAGAUGGAUGCAAAAAAGCUUGCCUGGAGGACUGUAGGUGUUCAGUUGCUGUGUUUGGGAGUGGAAAUUGCUGGAAAAAGAAGAUGCCAAUGUCGAAUGGGAGGAUAGAUCAGAACAAUGGAGAGAUAGUUAUCUUCAAGAUAAGUAAGGUGGCUUUGAAUGCCUCCCAUAAUUUUACUAUAGGCAACAAAAAGGAUAAUAAAACUACGGUAGUUAUUUCUCUCUCAGCUAUUCUUGGUGGCUCAAUUCUCAUCAACUUCAUUUCAAUUGCAUCUGUAAUUCUUCUCUUAUUAUGGAAGCGCAGACGAGUAGCUGAAAUGAAAACAAAGUCCAAGACAAUAAAAUCAAACCUGCAUGCCUUCAGUUACAUGGCUUUGGAGAAGGCCACUAACAAGUUCAACGAGGAACUAGGUAAAGGUUCGUUUGGUUCAGUUUACAAAGGGGUGCUCGUAUCACUAGGAGAAGUACCAGUUGCCGUGAAGAAGCUAAAUGGAAUGGAACAUCAUGGUGAGAAGGAAUUCAUAACAGAGUUAACUAUAAUUGGCCGAACCCAUCACAGAAAUCUUGUGCAACUUAUUGGAUUUUGUGAUGAGGGGUCUCAUCGACUUCUGGUAUAUGAGUUCAUGAGCAAUGGAACCUUGGCAAGCUAUCUCUUUCAGACAGAAAAGCCAAGGUGGGAAAAAAGAGUUCAAAUUGCUUAUGGAGUAGCUAGAGGUCUAUCAUAUUUGCAUGAUGAAUGCAAAAACCAGAUCAUCCAUUGUGAUAUAAAACCUCAGAACAUAUUGCUUGAUGAGUAUAUAACAGCAAGGAUAUCUGAUUUUGGAUUAGCUAAACUUCUGCAGACAGAUCAGACAAGGACAAAAACAAGUAUAAGAGGGACAAAGGGCUAUGUUGCGCCAGAGUGGUUCAAGGAUAAGCCCAUCACAUCAAAGGUGGAUGUAUACAGUUUUGGUGUUGUGUUGUUGGAGAUUGUUUGUUGUAGGAAGAAUGUUGAGAAAGAUUUUGUCGAUGAUGAGAGGCUAAUACUCACAGAUUGGGCGUAUGACCGCUACACUGAAAGGAAGCUGGAAGUGUUGGUGCAAUAUGAUGAAGACGCCAUUACUGACCAUAGAAGGCUUGAGAGAUUCGUGGCAGUGGCAAUUUGGUGCAUUCAGGAAGAGCCGUCGAUGAGACCUUCAAUGAAGAAGGUGCUGCAGAUGUUGGAAGGUGCAGUUGAGGUUCCCAUUCCGCCAAAUCCAUCCUCUUUCAUCAGCUCAAUCAAUUGAUCAAGCUCCUUUAAAUUUGAUUUUCUUAGUAAUAUUUACAUGAUAUUGUAUUGAUAGCUUCUUCGUCGAAGAACAUUUAGGUUGUAAGUGUGUGGGCAUGCCUUGAGCAAUAAACAGAUGCCUAUCGCAGGUUGAAGAUUUAUAUUAUUACUGUUAAAAUGU